AACAAGUCAGUGUGCAAUCGACAUUUACGUACGCACCACGUCUCUCCGCGCUUAUUAUCUUUGCGCGGGAAACUAUAUGUCAAGCGAAACGAGUAUAUCCAGGGGACUUUACUAGUCGUGAACACCAGCCUGAGUUGACUGGCCGAUUGACAGACGCGCAAUUAAUUGAACAAACGAUAGCAGAUACAAGAUUGUAAAAAUGGUGCUCAUAUUGACGAGGUUAACAAAAAAAUGCGCGCAAGUGGCACUGGGAUGCAGUCGGGCCGCUCAUCAAACAGCGCUACGAGGAACUAUCAAGCCGAGUCCUCAAUUAGCCGCACUCACACCAAAGGUUCGUGCUUUCGUUGAGCGAAGCGCGUCACUAUGCGAGCCGGAACACGUCCAUGUAUGCGACGGCUCCCCUGCAGAGGCGGCCGCGUUGCUGCAGCUGAUGCAGCAACAGGGCACGUUGCGACCACUGCACAAGUAUCAAAACUGUUGGUUAGCUCGCACCGAUCCCGCGGAUGUCGCCCGCGUGGAGUCAAGGACCUUCAUUUGCUCGGACAAGGAGCGUGACGUGGUACCCGCUGCCAGGGCCGGACAGAAGUCCGCUCUAGGCAACUAUAUCACACCGAUAGAUUAUGAAAAGGCGAUCUCAGAGAGAUUCCCUGGAUGUAUGCGAGGUCGCACAAUGUAUGUGAUCCCAUUCUCCAUGGGUCCAGUGGGUUCUCCGUUAUCAAAGAUUGGAGUCGAAGUGACGGACUCUCCUUAUGUCGUGUAUUCAAUGCGCGUCAUGACUAGAAUGGGUGCCCCAGUAUUGGACUUGUUGCGUAAAGACGAACAAUUCGUGCGAUGUUUGCACGCGGUGGGCAAAGCGGGCACACCAGGCUGGCCAUGCGACCCCUCACGCACUAUAAUACUGCACAAACCCACUGACAAUGAGAUUGUCAGCUAUGGCAGCGGCUACGGUGGUAACAGUCUCCUGGGUAAGAAAUGCUUCGCGCUUCGUUUGGGUUCCGUGCUUGCGCGACGUGAGGGCUGGCUCGCUGAACACAUGCUGAUCGUCGGUAUAACAGACCCAAAAGGUCGUAAGCGGUACAUCGCGGCAGCGUUCCCAUCAGCAUGUGGCAAGACUAACUUAGCUAUGAUGACGCCCACUCUACCUGGUUACAAAGUGGAAUGCGUCGGUGAUGACAUUGCCUGGAUGAAAUUCGAUAGUAAUGGAGUAUUAAGAGCUAUUAACCCGGAAAAUGGAUUCUUUGGUGUUGCACCUGGUACUUCAACGGCAACAAACCCAAUAGCAAUGGCGUCCAUAUUCCAAGACACGGUGUUCACUAACGUAGCUGAGACGAGCGACGGUGGUGUGUGGUGGGAAGGCAUGGGCAAUGCCCCGGAGAGCCUGAUCGAUUGGAAGGGACAGCCCUGGGAUCCUAGUAAGAAAACGUUAGCCGCCCAUCCUAACUCACGGUUCUGCACUCCAGCGGAACAGUGUCCUAUAAUCGACGGGCAGUGGGAAAGCGCUGAAGGUGUGCCGAUAUCCGCCAUCUUGCUGGGAGGACGGAGACCGGCGGGUGUGCCCCUUGUAGUGGAGGCACGGGACUGGCAGCAUGGUGUCUUCAUGGGGGCCACAAUGAGGUCUGAGGCCACUGCUGCAGCUGAACACAGCGGUAAAGUGGUGAUGCACGAUCCAUUCGCAAUGCGUCCAUUCUUUGGUUACAACUUCGGGGAGUACCUGCAGCAUUGGCUCUCGAUGCCGCAGCCAGGUCGCAACAUGCCAAAGAUCUUCCAUGUCAAUUGGUUCCGGAAAGACGCUCAGGGCAAAUUCCUCUGGCCUGGUUUCGGUGAUAACUCUCGCGUGCUCGACUGGGUACUCCGCCGCUGUGAUGAGGAGCCCUGCCACGUCGAGACUCCGUUGGGCUACGUGCCCAAACCAGGAGCCCUGAAUACUGAUAACCUUGAAGAUAUUAACAUGAAGGAAUUAUUCAACAUCCCUAAAGACUUCUGGAAGCAAGAGGCUGAUGCAGUAGAAAAAUACUUUAAGGAAGAAGUAGGUGAAGAUUUGCCAAACGAAAUGUGGGAUGAAUUGAAGAAAUUAAGAACAAACAUCGAGAAAUCAUAGACUUAUAAACCAAAGACAACUGAACGAAACUUCAAACUAUAAUCAUUAAAUAAAAUUUGUACAUAAAUAUUAUUUAUACGAACAUUCCAAUAUAGUAAAUAAGUAUUAGAAUUAAGUAGAUAGUAAUAUGCCAAUCACAUAUUUUUAUCCUUAAAAAGCAAUAAAUGAAUAUCAGAAAA